AUGUCAAAUCACACCAGUCCAAGUGUCCAGGCAGGCCGCGUCAAUGAGAACGAGGUUGAUGGAGAGGCUAUCGCUCAGCUCCUUCCUAUUAUGCUACUAAUUGUCAUCGCAAACGGGUUGGUUUUCAUUUUAUUUGCAAAAAGAAAAGAGCUUCGUACACGGCCAAACUACGUCCUUUUCAGCCUUGCUGUUUGCGAUCUUACCACUGGGGUUAUAAACAUUCCAGUGUUGAUCUUAGUGGCGUUCACACCGGUCAUAACCUCUUCGGAGUUGAAGUUUUACUUGGGGUUUCUGGUCGUCGUUCUCAACAAUCUGACCGCAAUAUCGGCCUGCUAUCAUAUCCUCGCUGCGACAACCGAGAAAUACCUGUCGAUAAUCUGGCCAGUGACUCAUCGCCUGAUAAAAAAGAAGACAGUCAUCAAAGCACUGGUUGCUGUUUGGGUAGCGUCUGUUAUUGUGGCUUUUAUCCCCUUUGCCUGGGUGAACAUAGCGGAUAAAGCCCUACAAACAAACUUGUCCAUCGGACAUGUUAUAUUUUGCCUAAUUACAGUCUUCCUGUUGCCUUAUUCAUUCAUGAUAUACGCGUUUGUGGUGAUUUUUCUGGCUAUUUCAAAGCAAGGCAGAUCCCACUGCAGGAAGCCUUCAAAACAGAGGUCCAGUCGACAAGCCAGGCAAGCUGCUCUUGAAAAAAGGUGCUUGAUACUCUUCGCUUCCAUGGCAACUAUAUUCCUGGUCUGUUGGUUACCAUGGUAUGUUCUGAUGUUGUUGUUUAGGAUAUCCUACAAUGGGGAUGAGUUAAGAAUUCCAUCGCACGUUUUUGUUCUCGUCAGAUAUACGACUUCUAUCAUAAAUCCUGUGCUGUAUACAUUCUUCAGAAGAGAUUUUAAAACGGCGCUGAAAUCCUUAUUCGAGAGGAGGAGAUCACGGAUGCCUUCUUUGCUGGUAGAAAGAGCGAACGAUUGCGAUAAAGCUGCUGAGAAAUCCCCAGAAAGGACGGAUGAGCAAUACGUCUAA